CCCCCACCCAUGCAGACAUGUACAUGGUACAUGCACGUGCACACACGCGCAUACAUACAAAAGGUGUCGAUGCUGACGGAUGAAUGGUCUUGCCUGGGGAGGCAGGCAGUGAACGGCACGAGUGGUGCCUGCCUGCAAGGAUGGAUGCCUGCUGCUCGCGAGAUGAAAAGGGCACACACAGCUCCACUCCACUGGCGAGCAGCCUCCGCUCGUGCAUUCUCUGACUCACUGGCUCAGACGCUAGCCACUGCUGAUGGAUGGAUGGAUAAAGACAGGACAGCACAGUUGGUAAUGUGUGUGUGAGUGCUCCGACGUGGGGGGAUGGCUUGAAUCAAACGAAGAGAAGAAACACCACAUGCGCAGCAAAGCGGCGCACUCCAUCCAUCCAUCCAGAAAUAACCACAAACCGUGUCACACGCACACACACACGCACACACACGUAUACAGCAUGCACCCAGAGCAAAGGCACCACCGGGAGGCAAGCCAAUGCAGCAGAAAAAGGAAACGUUACACACAUAAAGAAAGAAAAACACCACACCCGCAAAGAAAAAGGCAAGGCCACUGCUAGUGCGAGGGCUGCAUCAUGUCUAUCAAGGCCAUCGGGUGUAGGGUGGGUAGGCACCGAGAGACUCGUGCAUCUGUGUGCGUGUGUGGGUCUCUGUGUGUGCGUGUUUGCGCAAAAACCCAUCAAGCCACCUAGCCAUCCGUCUAUCCAUUCCGUUGCCCAUGAGCAGCAAAAAACCGGCACAGCACAGCAGCCAAAACACACACAACGUUGGAAGCAGCCAGCCACAUACACGCACAGGGGACUAGUGGUGGAUGUCAUGUCAAAAUGGCGGGCUCUGAGAGCCGCCCCGUCAGUCAGGAUAUAAUAUAAAGCACUCUCACUCACACACAAACUCUCGGUGCACUCUCACUCAAUCAAUUCAAUACCAAUAGAUAGCUGGUAUCAAUAGAUACCUGGUAUAUCAAUUUCUCCCUCCCUCCCUCCCUCCUUGCUUUUGGGUUGGGAGCUCGGGGCGUUCCCCGACCGCACACCGCACAUGACAAGACAUGACAUGACGCCCUUGGCAUGGCAACGCAGCCAUCCCAUUCAGCCAUUAAAUACAAUACACCACACGCGCUCUCUCUCACUAUCCCUAUCCCCCCCCCUCUCUCUCUCUCUCUAUCUCUCUCAGUGUGUGUCGAAUUGUGUGCCUCCCCUCCCUUGACCUAAAACUGCAAACUGACUGCAUCUGCAUCACUAAUCAAGGCAUGCAUAUCCAUCGAAGCAUCUCAUCAUGCCACGCAUGCACCAAAUGAAUGAGCCAGCCGUGCAGCCAGCCAGCCGCAAAAAACGCCAAACGCGACGACCGACGCCCAGGAUCGGGCUGAGCAUGUGUCACCAGAAGAGGGGCCACUUCCGUCUGGGCGAGAGGUUGUUCAUCAGCAGGGCGACGCCGAGCAGCACGAUCCACCCGAUGAGGAAGGGCGAGACGAAGAACCAGAAGGUGCCGCGGUGUACUGCAGGGGCCGCCUGCAGGAAGGCGAUGGGCGUGCUCGCCGCGGGGGGGCAGGUGAUGCCCUGAGCGAUAGUGACGACAGACAGACAUGCAGGGAGGGAGGCAGGAGAGCGGAAUAAGUGGACGAAUGCAUCGCGUGUUGCGAGGGGGGACGGUGGUGCUUACAAUCUUCGCCAUGCCGACGACCGACACCGUCAUGCACAAGGUCGCGCCAAGCCUGAUACACAGACACCCACACAAGCUCUUGAUGUUUUGACCUCUCUCUAUGCGUCCGUCCCCGUGUGCUUAUUCCCUGGUUGCAUUGCAACCAACCUCCCUCACCAGAAGGGCAGUAUCGGGUAGUGCCAGGGGUGCCCCGACUUGCCGACGUCGGUGAUGAAGGAGAAGACGAUCGACACGGUGAGCGCGAACAGGGUGGACAGGAAGAGAAUCCGCGGCUGGCCGAAGGGCGAGGCCGGCGCCACGAAGUAGAGGACCGCCAUCGCACCGAAUGGUCCGAUCAAAUGGAACUGAACACACGAAGUCGUUGGGAAUACACGCUUGUGUCUCUGUGUCUGUGUGUGUGGUUUUGUAACCUACCGAGUCGGGCGAGUCUGAGAAGGCGUAAGUCUGCAGGAGGGUGAGGAUCAUGAACGACAGAAAAACUUCCACGGUCGCCAACACACAGUGGCGGUCAUCCUGCACGUAGCACCACACACCAAACAACACAUGACAGACACACCACACCCUCGGAGCAGUCAGUGACACCCACCCACCCACCUCGUCUCGCUCACCAGUGCCUUAGCAGGGUGUCCCUUGGCGCCGCGCCACUUCUUGAAAUAGGCCCAGGGGUCGUUGAUGACCGCCAUCAGCCACCGGCGGUCGUACGGCUGCAUCCCCGCCUGCGAGUCCUCCACCCCCAGGCGCAUCAUCUCACCCUCCUUGGCGGCGAGUGCCUUGAGUCCCCCAGCCCGGAAGUGCUCCUGCAGUUUGCGCCAUCCGUGGUGCACCACGACCAUCCGAUGGCGGGCGAGGGCCCCCUUGGCACCGCACUUGCGCAGGUCCCACUGCACCACCUUGAGCGCUGCCUUGAGGUAGGCGUCGAACAGCGGACCUUUCAUCCCCGGCACGUCGCUGUCAACCUGAUCAGUAAUUGCACCCAGGGAGGGAGGGAUGGUGCGGUGUGGUGUGGUGUGGUGUGGUGUGGUCCCACCGUCCACAUGUGCACGUACAUACCCGUUGCUCCCUGCGUGUGUAGACGACGAACACGGCGAUGAGCUCCCGUGUGUCGGUCAACAUCAACGUGCUGCGGCGCCGCGUCAGCACCAUCGACUGCGCUACGUUGCCGAUAGACGCCCUUCCGCCGUGCCGAUGCUGCAGCAGAGAACUCGCCGCAGCCAUCUCACCUGCGGUGACGCCACACACACACACACAUAGUUAAACACAUGGGAAUGUUUGCUUGUCCCGUGUGUGUGUGUGCGGCGUGUGUGUGUGACUGACUGACUUUGCACGGCAGCUGCAGCGCUUUCCGAGGGGACGGUGCCGGACCUGGCGCGGGGAGGGCGAGGUGGUGGUCGCUGGGGUCGUUGCGGCCGCUGCCUGAUGCCGCCUGCGGUCAUGGCGAAGAUGGGUAUCGCGCACGAGGUGUGGAACAGCUCCCUCGCCGGCGCAUCCAGCGGCGUGGAAGGGUUCUCGGGGUCGUCAAACACCUGACAGACAUGACGCACACACACACACAACGCAACACAUGGGUGUGGUGUGGUGUGUGAGAGGUGUUUUGGUUUAGUAAGUGUGGUGCCGUGCCGCGCACCCCCCCACUCACCUGGUCGAGGACGUUCCACUCUGUUUCUCCCUCCUGCCACGCGCGGCCAGCCAAACCCACACCGGGAGACAGCCUACACACAUGGCACACACGACACACACACACAGCCCAAUGCCCAUGUACAAACUAGCUGGGCUGGCCGACCGCAUCUCAUCUCGCUUACGUGAUGUUCUUCUCGCUGGGCAAUUUGGCGAAUGCCUGGAGCUUCUCGACGUCGUCCCCCGCGCCCGUGUUGGGCCGCAUCACCCCGUCCACACGCGAGAGCGACGCCAUUCCGUCGUUGGGCGUCCACAUCUCACCGUACACGAACCCGCUGUCAACCAAAUCCUCAAGGUGCCUGCGCAAACAACGCUGCACGGCCGACAGAUCCUCGGCGGCCAACGCCUGCACACACGCCACACACACGUGUGACACACCCAACCAGGAUGACGCCAUUGCAAUCCUGCCUACGCACCUUCCUCUCCCACACGUACCUGCAGUCUGGUGGAGUAGCUGUCGUCGAUAGCGGGGCUGUCUGGGGGCACGGCGCCGUGGAUGACGUUGUACGCAUCGCCCACUGUGGUGGCGCAUCGUCUCAGGGGAACGCCGUCGAUACCGGGCUCGAGAUGGUCACGGUGCUCACGCCGGGAGGGUGUCAGCGCCCCACCGCUGGCGGCAGAUGAGUCGCUGUCGAGCAGCAGGGGGGUCUCCAGGCUUGCCAGUGAGCCCGAAUGGCUGAAGGGGUACAUGACGCCCGCCAUGAUAGAUGCGUCACUUUCAAAGCUUCUGCAGGUGGCCUGCGUCCCACGCUCUCUCUCAACGACGUCAAAACCGCUAUCUCUCUCGCCUCCCACCCUCUUCC